AUGACAAACAAUUCCAUUAAGGAAGAUUUGCUUAGCAAUAGCUUCGCGACAACAACUUCAUCAAAUUCCUCUCCGGAUUAUCAUGCCUCGUAAUGCAAUGCUUAGUCAAAUAAUGGUGCAACCUCUUCAUUUGAAAGUUAAAUCUCAGAUUCAAGAGACGAAAAUAAUAGCAGCAAGUAACUAAGUUUAAGUGAGUUAUUCUAAAAAUCGGAGCAUUAGCUUGGAGAUACAAACUUCAAAUUCAUUAGAUAUAACUCUAGAGUGACAACUUAUUCUAUAAUAAUUUCUUCAAUCCUAACUCUUUUUGUCUUUGGCUACAUGAUUCUCUUUCGCGAAUAAAUGUUUGUCUUUUCCUUAGAAUUUAUUGAAAGAAUGUAGUCCAACCAGAACUUUUUUUUAGUUUCUUUCAUGAACUUUAUUUCUCUUUGCGUCAGCCCAAAGCCUGUAAUAUCUAUGUUGGUAAUAUUUUUUGCUUUAUCGACUUAAAAGCUUAAGAUAUUAACAUUUCUUUUAUACUAUGGAUUUUUAACUUACACCUGCGUGCUGCUAAAAUCUCUUUUUGGGGAUCCAAGACCAUAUUGGAUCGAGUAACAUUAUUCUUAGAAUGUUUAGCAAAAUUAUGUAAAUGAAAGUAGGAUACUUAGUGCUUAAAAUAAUAAUUCCAGUGACAUUUAUUUAAAUCAACUGCUGAUAUAACACUAUAAUAACAAAUCUUUGAAUUACUUUGAAGACAAUGAUUAUAAUCUUGAGGAAAAUUUUUAAAGGCUAUCAAAUAAGUAGUAAUUGAAUUUAAUUAAAUUGUCAGAAACUGAUAAGUUAAGUAAUAUUUUAAUUUCUGAAACAAGCUAAGAACCUGAAAUUAAAAAGUAAGCAAAUACCCAAGUCUAUUUAAAUCAAAGUCAAAUAAUAAAUAAUUCAAAUAAAUUCCAAGAUAAUUAAAAUAUGUCAUAUUUCUCGAAUUCUACUAUUCCAUAUAAUGAGAGCCAUCACAAUAAAUUAUCGAAUGAUUUAAAUAAUCAAAGAAAUAGUUAAGAUAACUUAAAUAUUGUUGAUCAGGAUGAAUAUAAAAAAGGAUAUAAUAAAACUUAACAAAACAUUUAGUAACAAAAAGAAAUUUCAGAAUAAAAAGAAAGUUAACAAAUAAACUAAUUAAAUUCUAUUUAAAAUGAUAUCAAUCCUAGUGUUCUACCCUUAGACUGGAAAUGCUAUUAAGAGUAUGGAAAUCCUUCAGGACAUGCCUUUUUGGGAGUUCCCUUAUAUGAAUUUAUUGUAAGAGAUUAUAUUCUGCGUAAAAUAGGCAAAGAUUAGCGCUUUAUUAGGGUUUUAGUAACAGUAUGUGCUGUCAUAUUAGUUAAUCUAAUUUUUAUCUCUAGAUUAUAUUUGGGAAUGCAUUCUUUAAAUCAAGUAAUAUUUGGCUGUGUAUUGGGUAUCUAUGCAACUGUAUUCUAUAGAUUAUUUUUUGAAAGAAGAAUUUCAUCUAUGCUCUAUUAAUAUGUUUAAUUAAAGAGAUCAAAUGCUAUUAAAUAGAUUUCGUAUGUUAUCUUAUUUACUUCCGCCAUAUUCUCUCUUCCUAUAAUUAUAUAUACUAUUCAAGAGUUGAUUCUUAGUCAUUCUUAAAACCUUUAAAAUUAAUUAGUAGAAUGGGAAAAUAUUAUUUAACAAAAAUGUAGUAAUUUUACUAAGAUGCAAAGCUUCCACCAUAAAUGCUUUAUCGACUCAAGCGUUGUAGCAAUAGGUUUUUCUAUUGUUCUAGGAUUUUUAUUAACAUCAAGAGAAAGAUUUUUAAAAGGCCAAUACAAGGAAAUCCCUGGCAUCAAAAACUUUAUUUACAGAAUAUCUAUAAUACUCCUCUGCUGCUCAACAAUAGCAAUAUUUUACUAUGUGCUACCUAGUUUCAAUAACCCCUAUUUAAAAUACAUCUACCUCUUUUUAGGUAUAUUUUUAACAGGAUUUUUAUUAGUGGCACUUGUUCCAAAGCUCUUUGAAAAAUAUCAUCUAAUUACAUUUAUAUUUCCACUCUUACAAGAGUAACUUAAUGAUAUCAGCUAAAAUGACAACAUUAAAUAAUAAAUUAAAAAUGAAUCAUUUAACUCAUACCCAAGCUUCUCUUCUUUCUAAACAGAAGCUUCAUAUAGUAAUACUUUAACUAAAGAUCUACAAAAACUUUGA